UUCCUCGCAUCUAGAUUGUACCUAUUGCGACGAUUACUACCAUGGACAGAGAAAGUGGCACCUCAUGUCACUGAAGAGCCUUGCAUGUUCAGCUCUCCGUCUCCAUCCAUUGCCGGCCUCUACAAUACCUCUGUAUGACUGCAGAAAAUGCACUCUGUUGUUGGGGGAUGAAAAAGAUCGCAUGGGGCCAGAUAGUAAUGUAUUCUUCAUUCACCUACACGGGAAAGAGAUUGACGACAGAACAAAGAGGAUGAGUCAAUCUACAGAGUAUCAGUUCAAGAAGGCGUUGUCUUCAAUGAGAAACUCAGGUGCUAGUGGUGUUCUGUUUGUGCAUACAUGCGAACCAUAUUCGGGUGUAUUCGAAUCGGCUGUUAUCCCAAUAUUGUGCUCAAUGUUAACUGACGACGAGAGGAUCUCGGAUGGGUUCAGAUGGAAACGUGUAGCGUGUAGGAAUGCAACAAUGCACAAGAUAGAUGUCUUGCCAUCAGAAAUGUUUCUGACUGCUGACAUGAAAUCAAAGAUGCUUGUUUGGAGCGAUAAUAACCAAGUAUCUGCAUCUUUUGAGAAAUUAAGGCCCCUUCUGCUGUCUAAACGCAAAGUAUCAACGAAAGAGCCCGCUGUGCAAGGAUUGUCUCGUGUGAACCAAGUUGAUGCUGUGAGGAUCUAUGUUGACAAGAGUAAUGAGGAACGUGUCAACUAUUCAUUGCUGGCACUUAACAUUUCUGUAAGCACGUGGGUGAAUCGGAUUAUCAAUGUUUUUUCUUUACCGGAAUACGUCACAUCAAUUUCCAAGGGAAAGCAGGGUGCGUCUGUAUAUGUUGGCCGUAGAAAUAACUACAACGGAGAAAUGGAAGGAGUAACAUUUCCUGGGGAAGGAAAUAAACGUGAAUGGCAAAGAAUGCUUGCAGAAGAACUGCAGAAAAAAAUAUCCGUUUUAAAAAACAGAUAUUCAGAUGUUAUCCUUAACAAAAAAAAUGUGUUUCAGAUUGAAAUCCACGAAACUGGAAGAAAUUCCGGCGUCAUUGAGGUUGCGGUGAGACCUGUUAAUGGAUGUGUGUUCCAUGAUGCUUUGGGUCCAGCUUCCUUCAGAAUUGAAGACACAUCCAUUGCUAAACACCACUAUAGAGCAUUUGUCAGGUUGUCUUUUGAGGAAUGGAUGGAAAAGGCCCUUGUCUGAGACAUGCUAUGGUCAUUUAAACCAAUGAUCCUUCAACGGCAUUCUAAGUGGACUGAAUCCUUCACAUUGAAGCUUGUUGAAGUUUGUCAUUCAAAGACAAACCCAGUCUAACUGAAUCACUCUGAGUGAAAUAUAGGCAAGUAUCUGUCCUUGUGUAUUGAGAGGAAGCAACGUGAGAUCUCCUUUAUUAAAACAAGAGUCAUCAGAAGAUGACAUAUCUCCCCGGCCCCCACAUAAUUGAAAGAACAAAUCAUCUGUGACUUACAGUCGAGCUUGACUUUUUUAGACUAAGUCCAAAUCGUUUCAAUUGAAACCAUGAAAAAUAUAAACGCCAAAAGUCUGUAAAUAGCAAAAGGCACCACUUCAAGAUCUGCCUAUAAAAAUCUGCUAAGUUCUGUUGAAAGAUAUUGAAAAGUUUUCGAGUUGUGCUCCGGAAACGAAGUCCACCUCUCCCUUUGAGUCUGAAUCGUUUGCAUUGAAACCGGGAAAACUAAACAUGCCAAAAAUCUGCAAAUAGCAAAAGGCACCACUCUGGGAACUGCCUCAUAUAUCCCCAAAGUUUCGUUGAAAGAUAUUGAAAAGUUUUCGAGUUGUGUUCUAGAAACGAAGCCCACGCCUCCCUUUUGAGACUAAGUACGCAUCGUUUGCAUGGAAACCGGGAAAAAUA